CCGGGAAGUCCCUUUAGUUGAAGAAGAAGAAGAAGAAGAAGAUGGAUGCGUUGAUAAUGAUGAUGCUGAGAAUGAAAUCGCCGAUGUCAUGCUGCUCAAAAUCAACCCUCAGAUCCUUAGCAAAUUCCUCCACACGGAGUAUGGUGGUCCAGGAACACUCAUGGUCGUACCCUUCAUUGACAUGAACGAUACCAUAACGGAGAGGGGGUUGCCUGGGGGCCCACAAGCUGGACGCAAAGCAAUUAAAUGGGCCCAAAAGAACAUCGAUAAUGAUUGGAAUGCGUGGAAUGACAAAGGGAGCAGUUGAGUUGAAGUAUGUUGUAUAUCGAGUAUCAGGUUCUCAUGAAAGCAGUAAUGUUUAAGGAGUUUUGUUGGAUUUGCUUAGAACAGGGUAGGUUGGAAAAAUCAAACACUGCUCACGACCCGAUCAAAAUAGAGAGAUGAUCAUGAUCUAUGCUGUAUUUCUCAAGUUCAAUAUUCAAUUUGUUGAUGCAUUUCCAUCUGUGGAGUAGUUGGUUGUGUGGAUAGAUGUUUCCUGUAUUUUUAUCGUUUUCCCUGAGGAAAAUGUAGGUUUGGUCUUGAGUAAGCUUUAGACAUAGUUGUCAUGCCGCAUGGCGCAACCCAUGGCGCACAGGCCAUUUUCCAUGGCGAUGGCGAUGGCGCAAAUAUGGCGUCGCCACGUGACAAAAAACAUAAUAUUCAAAAUAGAUACUGCAAUUCAUCAACCCAAGUUUACCCAACCACCAAAACAUGAUAAAAUAGUUCAAUGUACUUCCAAAAAACAUACUCCAUCCGUCCCGAAAUUAUCUUCAUUCUUUCCUUUUCGGUCCGUCCCAAAUUUAUCUCUUCUUUCCUUUUUUGAUAAAGAAUAUGUGGUUCACAAUCAUUCUUACACAUUUCUCUCUCCUCUGCACAACUUUACACCACACAAAUCUCACUAUCUUAAUCCCCGUGUCCAGUCAAAACCGAAGUUAAUUAUGGGACGGAGGGAGUAAUAUUCAAAAAAAAGUUUGUGUCUUGCAAAAAUAGUAGUUAGGGUUUAUGUUAGUUGUGUUUAUUUAUUUGUAGUUAGGGUUGUUGUUAGUAUUAUGAGCUAAAAUAGUAAGGUUUUGUUAGUGUUUUUUUUUGUUAGGGUUUAUGUGUGUGUGUGUGUGUAUAUAUAUAUAUAUAUAUAUAUAUAUAUAUAUAUGUAUAUAUAUAAAACUAUAUAUUUAUAUAUAUAGCUAUAUAUUUAUAACUAUAUAUAUAAUUCUAUAUUGUAUAUAACUUAGUAUUGAAACUCACAAUUAAUGAAAAAAAUUGCAAAAGAAACUCACAAUUAAUAAUUGAAAACAAGGUUUAUUAAUGAGAAUUAAAAUUAAAAAACUAAUCAAAACAAAAUGUGAAGUAUAUCAUAGAAGGUUAUUUUAAAAUAGAAGUAUCACAGUUAAAACGCACACACAAAAACAAGGUUACAACAACAAAAUUAUAAAUACACAACUUAAUUAAUUACAAUUUAAAAUAAAAUAAAAACUGAAGCCAAAGAUCAAGGACCUGGGAACUGGGAAGUCUGCAAGUUCCUCUGCUGCUCUGAUUCCGCGAGGGACUGAGGGAGGGCGACCAUGUGAGUUCGUCUUAGUUGUUUGCUUCCUACGUGCAACUUUGGGCAACGAAUGGUCCGUAAGGUAGAUUAGUUUGGGCUUAGCUUUUAAUUUAAAGCCUGAAACCUUAAUUAAAUUAGCCCUAAUUAAGGCCUAAAUCUAUUUUAUCUGGUUCUGGGCCUGCCACUGCGGUUCGACUUGUGAAUAAGUCGAGGAUUUCUUCGCCAACAUCGAGCCUAGACGACUACUGGACGACGCAAACGCCAUGGCGAUGGCGCCCAAAUGGCGAAGGCGCAGGAAUGGCGACGCCAUGUGUAUACACC